CUGCUGUAAAUCUCUCUGGCCUUUUUUAGGACUUCACAGACAAGAUGGCCUCCAUCUUCAAGAACUUUGUCACCACCUACAACCGGACGUAUGGGACAAAGGAGGAAACCAGCUGGCGAAUGUCCGUCUUCACCAACAACAUGAUCCGAGCGCAGAAGAUCCAGUCCCUGGACCGCGGCACUGCUAAGUAUGGGGUCACCAAGUUCAGCGACCUCACAGAGGAGGAGUUCCGCACCAUCUACCUGAACCCCCUCCUAAGAGAGGACUCUGGCAAGAAAUUACACCGUGUCAAGAUGCCCAAUGAUCCCGCGCCUCCUGAUUGGGACUGGAGGCCGAAGGGAGCCGUCACCAAAGUCAAGGACCAGGGUAUGUGUGGCUCCUGCUGGGCCUUCUCCGUGGUCGGCAACGUGGAGGGCCAGUGGUACCUGAACCAGGGAUCCCUACUCUCCCUCUCGGAGCAGGAGCUCUUGGACUGUGACAAGGUGGACAAAGCCUGCAUGGGUGGCAUCCCCUCCAACGCCUACGAAGCCAUAAGGACCCUGGGAGGGCUGGAGACGGAGGAAGACUACAGCUACAGGGCCCGCAUGCAGGCCUGCAGUUACUCUGCCGACAAGGCCAGGGUCUACAUCAACGACUCCCUGGAGUUGAGUCAGAACGAGCACAAGCUGGCAUCCUGGCUGGCCAAGAAUGGCCCCAUCUCCGUGGCCAUCAACGCCUUUGGCAUGCAGUUCUACCGCCACGGGAUCGCCCACCCUCUGCGGCCCCUCUGCAGCCCUUGGCUCAUUGAUCACGCUGUGCUGCUCGUGGGUUAUGGCAACCGCUCCAGCGACCUCUUCUGGGCCAUCAAGAACAGCUGGGGCACCGACUGGGGCGAAGAGGGCUACUACUACCUGCAUCGCGGCUCCGGGGCCUGUGGGGUGAACACGAUGGCCAGCUCGGCAGUGGUGGACUGAAGUGCUACCAGCUCAGGACCUGGUGCCGACCACAGCUUCCCUGCCUCAGCUAGGGCCGAAUGGCCAGGCUCUUCCUCGGGAGGCACAGCUAGCAGAGGGCAGGCACUGGGCACCUUGGAGUGAACUGAGGGCAGAGGGGCACAGCCCCACCUUCCCUCCACCCGCCCGACCCAGAGCCCCCCCAAGUGCACCUUUGCUGAAUUGAGAUAGCAAAGAGGCUCUUGGGGUGAAGGAUGAUACUGGGCCGCCGAAGCUGGGGCUCGAACCCUGGACACGGUAAGGAACAGUGGGGAGAGGCUCUGGUCUCAGCCCAGCUCUGCCCCAGCAGGCUCUGGCCUCCUGCUGCAGCUCACCUCCGUCUAAUGUCAGGCAUGCCCUGGUCCCCCUGGAUUGGGGGACAGGGUCCCCACCCACAGCUAAAGCAACUAACACUAAUAAAGAGGUGUCCUGCCCACCCCA